AUUGUUAUUGUCUAUAAAUCCAAACAAUAACAACUCAUUCUUCAUCAAAGUCAGUCUACCCAACCCGACCCAGACUCAGCUCAACACCCCAUCAAUGGCGUCAACCAUUGCUCCAAUCUCUCUCUUCCUGCUACUUUUGACCCUUUUCUCACAAACCCAUUUCUCUUCAUCCUUCAGAGUCCUCAGAUUGAACUCCGGCCGUCCAUUCACUCCCAUCCUAUCAUCAAUCUCAGACGUCCACGACCUCCUCCCCAAAUACGGUCUCCCAAAGGGUCUCCUCCCCAACAAUGUCCAAUCUUACUCGCUCUCAGACGACGGUAGUUUCGAGGUCGAGCUCAGAAGCCCUUGCUAUGUGUAUUUCGACCGAUAUGUGUACUACAAUAAGAAGAUUACAGGGAAAUUGAGCUAUGGGUCGGUUUCUGAUGUGACUGGAAUUCAAGCCAAGAAGCUCUUUUUGUGGGUCUCUGUGACUAAGAUUCAUACCGAUGAGGGCUCAGAUAGCAUCAGAUUCUAUGUUGGAUCUUUGUCUGAGGAUCUUCCUGCCUCAAAAUUUGAAAAUGUUCCUGACUGUAAGAGUAAGGCUUGCAAAUCGACCAACCCAGAAUCCAUUUGAGUCUCGAGGGAAGAGUUGUUCAGUUCCAUCCAUGUUGUUGGCAAACUGAAGUGCAUAAGGAGAUUUAUACUUGAAUUUGUUAGGCAUAGUUUGGUACCAAAUGAGCUCUGUUAUGUUAAGUUCAAAAUCUAUGUUUCUGCUGUAUGUUUAUACAACUUGUUAUCUGAACUGUGAUUCCAUUUGUGUCCAUAAAUUGAGUAGUUUGAAUGGUAAAGACAUUAUUAGUAUGUGAUUUGCUUAUAAAAGAUCAAAAGUUUGAGUUAUUGUUUGUUGAA